AUGGCCGAAGUACGCACCCUAUGGCUUGCCUCGACCAGUCCUGGCGACAUAAGAGUGACUGGCCUGGUGACAGCGGCCGUAGCGGUAAAGAUCUGUCUACUCUUGCUCGAGUCUCAGAGCAAGGUAAGAUGGACACGGUGGAACCAGAAAGAACAUAGCCCGGAGGAGACCAGUGGGCUCUUUGGUCUCGCUGCCUUCACCUGGGUAAACAGUCUCUUUCUGUCUGGAUUCCAAAAGGUUUUGACUGUGGACGACUUGUUACCACUCGACCAGAGCGACUCAGCACCUUUGACUCUGAUGAGUGCCGACGUUGAAAGAAUCAGGCUAGGCUUCUUGAACCUCCACGAACUUUGGGCAAACACAAUCGAAGUUGCUCUUGCCAGUUGGCUAGUCGAGCGUCAGAUCGGGACGGCGUUUGUUGCGCCCUUGAUCGUAGUCUUCUGCUGCGUUGUCCUUGCUGCAUUUGUGAACCGGUAUACCGGAGCAAGACAAAAGGCAUGGAUGGCAAAAAUACAGAAAAGAGUCGGGCUCACCGCGAAAGUGAUUUCAGAUAUGAAAUAUCUCAAGACAUCUGGGCUUUCUAGCCCAGUACAAGAGCUGAUUCAAGACAUGCGGAUUGAUGAGCUGAAAGCUGCGUCUCGCUUUCGACUAGUCUAUGUCGUCGUUGCCACACUGGGCUACGUACCACUGGCUCUGUCGCCCGUGAUAACAUUUGCAAUCACAGUUCGCACCCUGGACGUUAGCAGAAUAUUUACGUCGGCCUCUUAUCUUCUACUAUUAGCUGAUCCUCUUGGGUAUCUAUUUCAGAACAUUCCCAAUCUGUUAGCGGCCCUUACCUGCAUAGACAGAAUUCAAGAGUUUCUGGAUCAGAGACCGCGGGUCGACUUCCGGUUGCCUUUUGAAGCGGGGGUUGAUGAGAAGGAUUUGAAGUCCGAGGGCCCAGCCGGAAAGUUUGACCCGGUCAUGACCAUUACUAAUGGAAGCUUUGGAUGGGAGCUCGAAAGGAUGGCCUUAAAGAACAUUGACCUCCACAUCACAAGGUCCCACCUCACGAUGGUCGUUGGACCGGUCGCUUCAGGCAAGUCCACUCUAUGCAAAGUCUUGCUAGGUGAGGUGCCUUACUACCAUGGGAAAGUCCUGAUUGAUGCUGGGAUAUCAUCUCAGCACGUGGGAUAUUGUGAUCAGGCACCCUACCUGUCUAACACUACUAUCCGAGCAAAUAUUCUUGGGUUCGCUGCUUAUAACCAAAGAAGAUACGAAGAGGUCAUAGGCGCAACCAUGCUCAAGGCAGACCUCUCUACACUCGCUAAAGGGGAUGAAACACUGAUCGGCAGUAACGGGAUUAGUUUGAGUGGAGGCCAGAAGCAACGAUUAUCGAUGGCUCGAGCUCUAUAUCUUGAUGCAAACUUGCUCAUAUUUGAUGAUGUGCUCAAGGGACUUGAUGCUGAUACGGAAGAGCAAGUCUUCCACCGCGUGUUUGGCCCGGAAGGUCUAUUGCGUCGAAGGAGUGCCACGGCGGUUUUAUGUACCCAUUCAGUUCGACAUCUACCACAAGCGGAUCACAUAGUGGCCUUGGGAGGAGAUGGCUGUAUCGUUGAGCAAGGCACAUUUUCGAGCCUAAUUUCCAACACGAGAUACGUCCAAAGCCUUGGGGUAAAACUCUCGGAUGCGAAGAAUGCGUGUAUAAAUAACACGGCCACUCAGGAAGAUGAUGACCUGAGACGAUCGAAACCGGAAUUUAAGCUGGCCACUCGAACCGAGACUCAUAGUUCCAUCAACAAAAGAGCGAGAAUGCAUGGUGACCCAGCAGUCUAUCGUCAUUAUUUGGCUAGUAUUGGAAAGCGAUUCAUUGUCGUAUUCAUUGUGUUUGGACUUGGUUGGGGCUUUUUCUACAACUGGGGCACAAUUUGGCUGCAGUAUUGGUCCAACGACGUCUCUUCACCUCAUCCGUCACAUACUAGCACGUUUUACAUUCGUCUCUACGCCUUAUUUCAGGUUGCCUAUAUUUGGUGUCUAUUGGCGUGCCUCCUAAUAUGCUUCCGAACUAUGGUACAGGUAUCUGGAUCUCGGCUUCACAAGGCAGCGUUAGGCACAGUCAUUAAUGCGCCACUGAAAUUCUUCAGGACUACUGAUACCGGCCAGAUCACCAAUUUGUUCUCUCAAGAUUUGACUUUGGUCGACAACGAGCUCCCUAUUGCCGUCACAAAUCUUGCUCUAGACAUAUCAAAUGCUACCGGCAUGGCAGCCGUCAUAGCGACAUCUUCACCAUAUCUCCUUAUUUCGUACCCAUUUAUCUUCGCCAUCCUCUACGGGAUUCAGAAAUUCUACCUCCGAACAGCGCGCCAACUUCGACUCCUAGACCUUGAAAGCAAAAGUCCACUUUACACCCACUUCCUUGACACUAUGAAUGCUGUAGCAACAUUCCGUGCCUUUGGCUGGGUCCCAGCUGGCAUUGCCGCAAAUAACGAACUUCUUGACACUUCACAACGGCCAUUCUAUCUUCUGGCCAUCACUCAGCGAUGGCUCGGAUUCUCGCUUCAGCUAGUUGUUGCCCUCUUGGCAAUCAUGGUCGUGACAUUGUCUACGCAGCUCGGGUCCCGCGCAGGUCUGACUGGUGCUAGCUUGGUGACACUGAUGACCUUCGGCGAUAUUCUGAACUACGUCAUUCGAUUUUUCACACAGCUGGAGACGUCUAUCGGUGCCGUCAGCCGGCUAAAACAUUUCAGUGACGAGGUAAAGCCUGAGGGCUCCUCGGAGGAUGAUCUCAUUCCUCCUUUGGACUGGCCUAAUAGAGGAUUUAUUCAUAUCGAUGGGGUAUCGGCGUCUUACGACGAGGGCGAAGAUGACACAGGCACCAUAGCUGUAAGCAAUCUCACCCUCACCAUUCGACCGGGAGAAAGAGUGGCCAUCUGCGGUAGGACAGGAAGUGGUAAAUCCUCCAUAAUCCUCCUUCUCCUCCGCCUCUUAGACCCUCUCCCGAUGCGUGCCGAAAACAUCACCAUUGAUGAUAUACCUCUCCACAAAAUUGACCGCAUGACCUUGCGUCAGAGGAUAAUCGCCAUCCCCCAGGACCCAGUGUUCCUUCCUGACGGCACGGCGGUCAAAUCCAACCUUGAUCCAUUUGGUGUCUCAACCGAUGGCGAGUGUCAAGAUGUCCUCGAAACUGUGGGCCUAUGGCCAUUCGUGACCGAGCGCGGGGGCCUUUACGGGCCGUUUGCUCCUGAUACGCUAUCACAAGGUCAGAAGCAGCUUUUCAGUCUAGCGCGGGCAAUUCUCCGGCGAAGAAUUCGUGAGCGGGACGGUCCUGAGGGUGCGCGGGGAAUUCUACUUCUAGACGAGAUCAGCUCUGGCGUUGAUCUGUGCACCGAGCACGAUAUGCUCCUCAUUGUUGGAGAGGAGUUUCAAGGAUAUACCAUUGUGAUGGUCAGCCAUCGCUUGGAGACAGUCAUGGACUUUGAUACGGUCCUGGUUAUGGACAAGGGCUGUAUGGUCGAGAAAGGAGAGCCACGGUUGUUAGUUGAAGAAGAAGGGAGUCGGUUUAAAGAAUUAUGGGUGGUUAGUCGGGGUUGA